GGCACCGGCAGGGCCCGCCCCCUCCCGGUGCCGGCGGGAGGGAGCGGGCAGCGCGCGGGGCUGCGGCACCCACCGGGCGGGAUCGCGCCCGGGGUCCGCACCGGCACCGAGCGCCGCGGCCCCGCUCCGCACCGGGAACCCGCACCCCGCACCGGGGCCCGGCGCCGGCACACCGCUCCCCGCCGGGACCCCGGGCCGGGACCCCCUCCGGUCCCGGUCCCGGUCCCGGUCCCGGCAGCGCCUCCCGCCGCCCGCCGGCGGGGUCCCGGCGGUUCCCGGGGCGGAGCGGAGGCAGGUGGAGGAGGGAGGAGAGGGGUCCCCGUGUCCCCCCUGCUCUGCCGGAGGAGGGGAAGCCGGGAGAAAGCUCUGAUCAAUCCUUCCCAGCAGAGCGGUGAAGCUCAGGACACAGCUGUGAGCGGCCAAACUGCGACAGGGCCGUCCCGCUGCCUGGCUUGGCCCCAUCCCCAUCCCACUGCCAGCACCCCCACCGUCCCUUUUGUCCCCUGCCAAUGCCGGCAGGUGAAGGCUGCGCACUCAAUCGCUGCGCUGGCAUCCCAAGCGUGGGGCCGAGGUGCGGGACCCGCUUUUUCCCACGGGACAGUGGCGAUGGGGGCUGCUCUCUCCACCGGUGCGGUCGUGGCAAUUUCUUUUAACUGCGUCAUUGCGUUGCUUAUCCUCAUCCUCUUCCUCAUCCUCUGCAAGGCCUGCAGGACCCCCUCGUGCCCCAAGAAGAGCCCGGCUUCUGAUGUGGAUGAGGCAAGGAACGAAGAGAAGUACCUACUGCAGCCCUGAGCUGCCUGGGGACUUGGGUACCAGGCUGUGCUGAAGGAGUCGUGCCAGCCUGGAUGCCUGCACUGGGACUGGGGCACUGGACUGGGCACCACGAGAGCAGAGGGGACACCGAGCUGCUCGCAGGGGCCGUGACACGGGGCACAGCCCUUCACCUGCUUGGUUUUGGUGUGUGAAGUCCCUGCGGAUGCCCGCUGUCACCAUGGGGAUAGAGAGACAGCGGCCGCAGAUGUGCUACGGGGACAAUCCUGCCUGUCCCAGCAGCCAGCGAGCACAGCAGGAGCCCUGCCCACGAGUGCACCCCGUGUUCGGGGACAGCCCGUCGGCUCCUCCCUGGUGCUCAUGGCCCAGGCCAGCGGCCACCACGUCGCAGACCUGAGCAGGGCCAGCUGGGGGCUCAGAGAGGGGAGGCAGCGGGGCUAGCACAGGCACCUGUGCCUGAGUGGGCCGGCUGGUCCAUGGUGGGAUGUGCCCGGGUGGACCCCAGCAGCCCUAGCCCCCCUGGCAGAGCAGGGUGCUGCCGGUCCGAGUGUCUUUGGGGAUGACCCUGGGGUGCCAUGUGCCCCCAGCCUCAGGAGGGCAUUGGCACCCAUCUGCCCCAGCAGCCAGUUUAACGAGCCACAGGAGGGUCUGCAUGGUCUGUCCGUUCAUCCCUGGUCUGUCUGUCAAUCCUCUCCAGCAUUAUCACCAACACUGCUAGGCAAACAGCCCUCCUUGCUGGGGAUGUGUCCCUGCCUGCCUUCCUGCCUGCUCCCAGCUGAGGCCAGCCGGUGGGGUUUGACCUGUCCACAGACAGCAGAUGUGCCCUUGUUGACAUUCCCAUCCCUGCUGAGAGCAGCCUAGGAUGGCUUUUUGCUGGGAGAUAGGAGAUAUGGGGAUAUGAGUGUGGCUGGACAAACAGCAUUGAAGGGUCUACCAGCCCCAUCGCUCCCUGGGGACCACAGUGGCUCUGCGGGGAGGGAUGCUGGUGGUCUGGCUUGUCCCCAAGCCUGGCAGCUGUAUUCCCUCACCCUGCCUGCAAGUGCUGUGGGUUUUGGAGGGUUCUGCCCUGCCCAUCCUACAGCCAAGCAAUCGGCAAGGUCCAUGCUGGCACAGCUGCUGCAAUAAGGGGACAGAGGGGUGGGCUGUGCUGGGAGGGAUGCUGGCCAGGGUCCCUGCGCAGACUUGCCAGGCCUGGCAGAGCCUGUGGUCCCUCCCCUUGUCAGGUGUAGCUAACACAUCCCUUUGCAGCGUUGUUUUUACUAGACUAAUAAACCAAUCGUAGGACCCGA